AUGCCUCCCGAUCCAAAGGACGCGCCGUUCCCCACCAAGCAGCUCAUUAUUCUCGGAAUAUGCCGAUUCUCCGAGCCUCUCGCUUUCAACUCUAUCCUGGCCUAUUCGGCCCUCAUGGUUCAGGACUUGGGAAUUAGCAAACACGAUGCUUCUUUCUACGCUGGACUCUUGGUGUCCGCUUACGCCAUCGCCGAGGCCAUGACAGCCCCGUUAUGGGGAAUGGUUUCUGAUGUCUACGGCCGGAAACCCGUCGCGCUUAUUGGUCUGCUCGGCGUUGCCCUGUCAAGUCUCUUGUUCGGUGUUGCGCAGACAUAUUGGGUCGCGCUGCUUGCGCGCUUUAUCGGCGGUGCAUUGAAUGGAAACGUUGCAAUCAUGCAAACCAUGGUCGCAGAGUCGGUCAAGAAUCCGGCCCACGAGCCGCGUGCAUAUGCGACACAGCCCUUCGUCUGGACGGUGGGCGGUAUUAUCGGUUCAGCAAUGGGUGGUUUCCUCGCCCAACCGGCACGACUCUACCCUCAUGCUUUCGACAAGCAUGGUCUCUUCGGACGCUACCCGUAUCUUCUCCCUAACCUCAUCGCAGCCAUUGGGAUUAUGCUAGCCAUCCUCCAGGGUAUGAUCUUCUUGGAGGAAACACUUGUCCGUGAAGAGAAGGAGGAGGGAGCAAACGGUAUCGCGGACCACCAUGAACAGCAUGAUUACCACGACCACCUGGAUACCAUCAACGAAACCCCUGCUAACGAGCGAAGCCGUCUUCUUGGACCACCCGCAAACCACCCGCAUGCGAACCGAGAGGCCCGAGGCUCAACCGCUGGCUCUAUGCGGCACCGUGGCUCCAUUGCUAGCUACACGCGCGACAGGUUGGCCUCCAUGUCCGUUUCUGGCAGCAUUCGACACAUCCGCAAAAGGGCUUCCUUCUUGGAAGAGGGUAUGCCCAUGCCCUUCGACCAAAGGUUCGAUAUCCGCCGUUCAUCUUUUGGAACCAUGCACUCGAUCAAGAUCCAGCAGGACGUGCUACCCAUGCGCGGUGGGCCGACCCCGAAACCCCGCAAGACCUUCAACCGAACUGUAGUCAUGAUCGUCCUCGCUAUGUCCAUCUUUGCUUUCCACCAAAUGGCCUUCAUCUCGAUCCUCCCGGUUUACAUCCUUGAUACACCUACAACGACUGGCCUAGAUUUCAAGGGCGGACUAGGAAUGGAUCUACCAGACGUCGGGAAAUUCCUCACGGUCAACGGCUUCAUCACUCUUUUUGUCCAGGGCUUCAUCUUCCCUAUCUUUGUCGAAUGGGCUGGUGUCUGGAACUCAUUCAUCUGGAUGAUUAUUCUUUACCCGAUCACUUACCUGAUUGUGCCCUUCAUCAGCGCCUUUCCCCAUGAGCUCGAGACCCCGGGUAUCUACCUUUCGCUUUUCCUGCAGGCAUUCUUCGGUAUCAUCGUGUUCCCAUGCGCCCUGAUCCUGAUGAAGAACGCCGUUCCAUCGCCCCUCGUCCUUGGUCGUGUCAAUGGUAUCGCUAUGUCGGCCUGCUGUCUGGCGAGAACAAUUUCCUCACCUCUUAUCGGAUUGAUCUACUCCCUCGGAGGAUCCGCGGCAGCCUGGUUCGCCCUUGCUGCUGCUGCUAUCUUUGGCAUGGUCCAAUUAUUCUGGGUUCCCAAAGAGGAUGUUGGUGCCGUUCAAAUCGACAAUGGUCUUAAGAAGGUUAUGCAUCAUGACAUGGACGAGGACGCAGUAGACGACAUUUCCAUCAUCGAGUCAGUCCGAUAA